GCUUUCGUGGUCACGUGGUGUUUGUGUGGUGCGUACGCGGCGCAACUGGAAGCGAAGAUGGCGGACGACGAGGAGGCCGAGCAGGAGCCCCGCGGUCAGAGCCGCAGUCCCAGUGUCCUGCGAGGGCUCGCGGCCCGCCUGGAGGAGCUGUCCGCGGCGCUGAGGGUCAGCGCGGUGUCCGUGGCGGAGGAGGAGGAGUCCACUGCCCACUACUGCCGCUCUUUCUGUCAGACUCUGGUGGAGUGUGUGAGUGUGUGGAGGUCAGAUGAAGACCCGUGGCCCGUGUUGGAGAGUUAUCGUGUGGCAUUGUUGAGUUUUGCGCGAGUGUCAGCGCAUCUCUCUGUCCGGAACGAGAACGUCGGCAUGGUUCUCGAGAGACUGUCACUGAGCUGUGUGGAGCUUCUGCUCUCCAUAACUGAAGCUUUUCCAGAUGCAUUGUGGGAACAGUUUCAGUGCUCCAUCCAGACGGCUCACGCUCGGCUGCAGGGCAAUGGCAUCUCUCAGCUGCAUCUGCUCUCCGUGGCCACGCAGGAGCGAGGGAUGUGGAGCAACAACACACUACAGAGCCUCCUGAGAAAUGAGAUGCCUCCAGAAGCUAGAGUGCACGAGUUCCUGAUGCGUGAAGGUCCGGACCUGCUGCAGCUCCGGGUGAAGUACCUGAUUAAAGAGAACUCCAUGGAGAGGGCUGCGCUGCUGGCUAAAGCCUGUGCUGAUUUCCAGGAGUUCGGGGGAAGUAGAGGACACUUUAAACAGAGCUACCUCGUAUGUGUGUGCUCAUGUGCCCCACAGGAGACACUCAUGGAGGAGCUCUCUCAGGUGGACUGUCGUGAUGCUCUGGAGAUGAUCUGUAACCUGGAGGCAGAAGGUGAUGAGAGAGGAGCGUACACGCUGUGUUCAGGCUUCCUGACCCGACAGCUUCUACAGGAGGACUCGUACUGUGCCUGGGAACUGACACUUUUCUGGAGUAAACUCUUGAAGCGAUUGGAGCCUUCAGAGCAGAGCUUUCUGGAAAAGUGCCAGAAGAUGUCCCUACUUGCUAAAACCGUGUUCCACCUGCUCUUUUUCAUCAAAGUGAUCCAGUCUGAGUUGGACAGGAUUGGAUUGCCUGCUUGCAUUGAGAUGUGUAUACGUGCUAUGAGAAUGGAGUCCUGCGAAGGAGCCAACAAGGCCACCAUCUGCAAAACCAUCUCGUGCCUCCUGCCCUCUGACCUGGAAGUGAAGCGGGCCUGCCAGCUAACGGAGUUCCUCCUGGAGCCGACUGUCGACUCUUACUACGCCGUGGAGACACUGUACAAUGAGCCUGACCAGAAGCUCGAGGAGGAAAACCUUCCGAUACCCAACUCACUACGCUGCGAUCUUUUCUUAGUUUUCAAAACUCAGUGGCCUUUUGAUCCAGAGUUCUGGGACUGGAAGACACUAAAGCGUCACUGUUUAGGCCUUAUGGGUGAGGAGGCAUCUAUAGUGUCCUCCAUUGACGAAUUAAAUGAUGAUCGCUUCGUUGAAGCUGAGCGAGAGGACUUGGAUUUCGCGCCUGAGGAGUUUAAGGAUGUUUUUGAAUGCUUUUUGGAUACAACAAAUGAACUUAAAGAGAUAGCAGACCAACGACAGAAAAACAGAGAAGUCAAAAAGUUGAGGGAAAAAGGAUUCGUGUCAGCCAGGUUCAGAAACUGGCAGGCGUACAUGCAGUACUGUGUGCUGUGUGAUAAAGAAUUCCUCGGUCACAGGAUAGUGCGACAUGCACAGACUCACUUCAAAGAUGGAUAUUAUAGCUGUCCUAUUUGCACAGAGACAUUUGAAACGAGAGAAACUCUAGAUCCGCACGUUGCAUCACACGUGAAGCUGUCUUGCAAAGAGCGUUUAGCCGCAAUGAAAACCACUAAGAAACUGACUGAUGCGAAAACGUCUGCCCCUGAUAUCGCAGCUCUGAAUAACAAAAGUGGAGAAAAUCAGGCACGAAAAGUGAAAGCUAAAAACUGCAGUGGAGAAUCUGGUCAGCUGUACAAUGGAGAUGCUGUGGGCCCAGAGGUUACGGGAGUCAAGGUCAAUGGGAGUGAGCGGAAUGUUUGUCCCGUUUCGAACUGCAGAAAAGCCUUCAAGUUCUUUCGCAAUCUGCUCACCCACGUGAAGGACCACGGGGAGGUUGAGGAGGCAAAGCGCUUCCUCGAAUUACAGACCACGAAGAUAGUUUGCCAGUAUUGUCGCCGGCACUUUGUUAGUGUCAGUCACCUCAAUGACCAUCUUCAGGUCCAUUGUGGUGCUAAGCCGUAUACUUGCAUUCAGUUGAACUGCAAAGCUAGCUUCGACACCAACACCGAGCUCCUUGUGCACAGCAAAGGACAUCUGGUCUUUAAGGCUAAAUGCAUGUUUCCUGGAUGUGGAAAGAUCUUCAAUGAAGCUUAUAAACUCUAUGAUCACGAGGCGCAGCAUUAUAAAACGUUUACUUGCAAAGUGCCUGGUUGUGGUAAAGUGUUUCACACUCAGUCUCAGUUAGACUUGCACGAGGAGAGCCAUAAUGCUAAGAAAGAGGAGACCCAGACUGCCGAGAGUGACAAUGCUUGUCUGGUAGAGCCUCAGCCACACCUCUCCAGUGAACCGGCCAAGCAAGAUGCCCAGCAAGAUGUCAAUCCAGGGCCUCCAGUAAACUCCAGCUGCAUGAUGAGCCCUGCAGAUCACCCAACAAAUCUGGUGAAAGUGAAGCACUCAGUAGAAAACAUGCUCAACCCUGCUGGUCAAGGUCCCACACAAGCGUUCAACCUUGUGACCUGCAAAACUGAGAAACCUGAUCCGAAUCUUGUGCAGCAGCCACAGAUGCCACACAUGGAGAUCCAGUCCGUCCAACCUCAAAUAAACCCUUCCAUGCCUCACAUGAACGAACCUAGGCCUGAAGAAUCCUUACUAGAUGUGUUAAUGAACGAUCCACUGCUCACUCCAUCGUGCCCACUUCCACCAGCAUCUUCAUAUCAGAGCCUCCUAGAAGACUUCCAGCAAGCUCCAUCAGGAGAUGUUUUGCAAGCGCAAAUGGAGUCUGCAGUUUCCCAGAGUCACACCCAGCCCUUGUACAGCAAUGAAAACACUGAAUAUGGGCAGUAUGAUCCCAAUUCUGUAACCCCGAUUCACACACCAUACCCAGUCCCGUACGGGAAUAGCAUGGCUCCCUUGACGCAGACUGCUCAUAAUGGUCCGCACGUAAUGCGCGUGUCUCAGAGGCUUCCUCCACAAGUCACCCCUUUUCCCACUAACAGGCCGGUACAGCCCCUGCAGGCCAACACGCUCGCUUCUGCUGUCACGGAAAAGGACAGGUACAAAUGUGCAUACGAAACAUGUUCUCGAGACUACAGCUCUUACAGAAGUCUAACCAAACACAUGAAAGCUGCUCACUGUGAGUUUUAUACACAAUGGAAACUGGCAAAGAGGAACAAUAAAGUACCACAGAUCAUGAACAGAGCUACUUCUUUAAAUGGGAAAUGUAUUUCUGCAGAACCCUUACAGAACCAGCUGGCUCAGAGGACUCCUGCUCCUCUGACCCCAAUGCAGAAACCGCCCGCUCAGCCACACUACCCAACAAGCUGUCUAAACUCCAGUUACCCCUCGGGAUCUUCCCAUUUAACUGGUCCUACUGGUCAGACUUUCCCAAAUCAAAUGGACAGCAUACUGGAUCCCAUUGUUCUCUCCCAGUUAGGCAACGCUGCAAAUCAGCCUCAUACAGCUUCUCACUCUUCCUGGAAUUCCAUCCCAGUAAACACUUCACUUCAGCAGCAGAAUUACCAUUCACAAGCAAUGACAUCAUCUAGUGGUCAUUUCUCCUCACAGAUAGACACUGCACCACAAACCCAAGUGCCAAAUUCCUAUAAUGGAGAAAUGGCCUACCCUUCUUUGCAACAUCAGAACAAUUCCUCAUGUCGCUUCAUCCAGACCCAACCAAACGUAACCCAAACAAUGAACAAUCCAGCCAAAAUAGGCCAUCCCACCGAAUCUUCUCCACCUCACUACAUUCAGCAGCCAAAGUCCAGUUCCGUCCCUCUAGUCAAACAUACAGAGUGUGUCGUAAAACUGGAGAGAAACCCAGAUUUGGUUCCUUCCCCGCCAAACAUGUCGCAACAAAGCAACCCUUCUGCACCCAUGAACCCUCAGAAUUCUCAAGACACCAGCAGUUCUGCACAUGAUGGCGACAUCAAAAAAAGGAAGCGAAGCAGCAGAACUAAAUGGCCUGCCAUCAUCAAAGACGGCAAGUUUAUUUGCUGUCGGUGCUUCAGAGAGUUUCAGAGUCCUAAAUCUCUUGGAGGACAUUUGUCUAAACGUGCUGUCUGCAAACCUUAUGAGGAAGCAGUUUUGUCUCCAGAUCUUCCUAGUUCGUUUCUCGAGCUUCUGAACUCCCCUCACCCAUCAGACACACCCCAGUCUUCACCUUCUGCCCAGGUCAGUUCCAGUCAAGCUUGGUCUUCCCUGUCUAAAGGCCCUCUUGACCCAAAAUUGUUUCCCAAUGUCACGUUUCUGAACACUAAGGAUUCCAUAUACAACAGUGACAGUAAGCCAAGCAGUGACACCGUCCAGCAAAAUUCACCAGGUCUGGAGGAGUCUGGUGCACGUCAGCAGACUUUUGCUGAAUCAUCUGUCUCUUACCCUCAAGACAGUCAAAACAGUGUGAUUCAACACACCGGAAAUAUCAAAGACAAGUGCAGUCAGCAUCAAAUGAAUUAUACCCAGCCUUGCAAUCCCUUACCAAGUGACACUAGUUCCUCAGAUCAUCUUUUGUCCCGCUUGUUAAGUGAAAACCGAACCUCUGACUCAAACUUCAGCAGGAGUCCCACUAAUCAUAUUGACAAAAUCCUUCAAGCCGAAACACUAAACAAGAUUAAGGAGAUUAAAGAAAAAUCUACCAUUACAAACGCUAGUGGAUUAUCCAAUGAUGGGCUUCUCGCUGCCAUGGCUAGCCUAGCUCAAAAUCUGGUCUCGGAAAAGAGCGUCAAGGAAAGGCUUCGUGAACAGAUAUUAGCUGGCGAUUUCCAAAAAAGGAGCAGUUCAUGCCAAGGUCAAGGAGUUGAUAACUCCAGUCCGAUGACCGAUGUUCUACACCACACGCCGAAUGUUAUUCAAAAGGUUCUUCAAAGUAAUGUUGGAAGUGCUACUGAACUCAGUGAACAUUUCUCCAAAGCUGGAAGUGUUGCACCUGGCGAGACCUCCACACAGAUUCCUCAAGCUUGUGCUUCCAACAACACUGUGACAAGUAACGCAUUUAGUAAUCCACCGAUACAACAAGACGACGAAGAUAUCGCCGAAAUCCUAAAAGCUCUUGAAAGACUGGAUUUGGAUAGGGAAAUAAGAAACUAUGAGCAGACACCUGCUAUCCCUCAAGAGGCUGAGAGUAUAACUAAGGCCUCUGAAGCUACAUACACUUUUAUGGUACGAGGCUAUUCCUGCGACAACGACGGUUGUGGUUACAGAGCAAUGACAAAAGACGCGCUCUUCAAACAUCUCAUGAAACAGCAUAACUACACAGAGGACAUGCUAAAUCAGUGUCGGAAGGAGCAGUUUAACUUUGCACCUUUUAAUUGUCAACUCUGUCCCAAGACCUUCACACGAAACUCCAACCUCAGAACUCAUUAUCAGUCUGUUCACAAUUAUUCACAUGAGCAGGUGGUCAAGAUGGGCAUUACGCGGCAAUACAGCCGUAAAUCCAUGGAAGCUGAUCAAAGUCUUUGCACCAUGCCAAACGUCUCCAAUUUGCCCAAUCUAACGGUACCGAAGGUGCCCUUUCCUGGACAGCAACAGAAUGCCGAGUCUGGUACUGGUGGCCCGAGUUUAAUAUCUGGAGUUGGAAUCAUUAAAUCAGAAAUCAACAUUCAGCCUUUUGAGCAACAGCGUCCUGUUACUUCCAUGGACUCCGGCGUCCCCGGGACUAUACAGAGAGCACAGACGACUCCACAUCAACUCCACUCUCAGGCUACUAUGCAUCCAUCAGUGAUUAAGGCUGUUCCUUCAUUGCCAACCUCCUCAAGUGUGGAGCAGCAGUUAAAUCGUCCAAAUGGGGUUGUGCCAGGAUCCCUUGCACCUUCUGAGCACUCCCAUGGAAUGUCCUCUGGGGGUCUGUUGCCUUCAGGUGCACCACUUGUGGCUCAGACGCCUUCGGUCCUUUCCUUCAGUCCUUCAGUCCUUUCCCCAGAUAAGAAGCCUAAACUGGGAAGACCUAAAAUGCCAAAACCGAAGGAAGUGACGAAGAAGACUAAGGAGAAAAAGACAGACAUGGAUGAUGUUUUUAGCCCCUAUCGGCCUUACCGCUGUGUCCAUCAGGGCUGUGUGGCCGCCUUUACAAUUCAGCACAAUUUGAUUCUUCACUACAAAGCCGUCCAUCAGUCUGCUCUGCCUAAAUUUGAAGUUGACGAGGAAGGUGAACAGGUUGAGGAAGAGAAUAAUGAAAACGAUGAGGAGGAUGACAUGCUUGAUGGUGAGGUCAGUGAGGUGACAGAGUUUCGCUGUCAGGUCAAAGACUGCUCUCGUAUAUUCCAGGCUGUUACAGACCUGCUACAGCAUUACCUUCAGCUCCACAAACUCAGCCUUGACAAAGCAGGCAUCAUGAUGUCCGGUAUGAACCUGGGCAGGUUUCAGUGUGACCAGCCAGAAUGUGACCUUACCUUCACCGGAUUCUGGAAGUAUGUUAACCACAUUGACAGCGAACACAAGCAGGUAAAGCUCUCCAGAACGGAGCCUGUUGAUGGAAUGUUCCAAUGUGAGGUUGAAGGUUGUAGCUGUGUUUAUACUACGCGGUCAAACUUAUUGCGGCACAUUAUGAAAAAACACCAAGACCUUUACAAACUCAGACUGCUGAACUCGAGAGGUGUCAAACUUGGUCGUCCUCCAAAGAACAGAAUAGUCUCGCUCGAGAAGGAAAAUAGAGAAAUUAAUAAAAAACCUAUUCAGAAGGGGGGCGAGAAAAAGAAAAGGAAGCAAAAGAAUCUCUGGACGAAAUACGGAAACCCCAUUUUAAAAUCGAAAGAGGAGGCCUCUGCCAUGUGCACCAAGAGGAUUCAGUUACAGUACCCUUGCAUGCUCAAAGGCUGUGAAACGGUCGCCGAAUCUGAGCGAAAGCUCAUGAAGCAUUAUGUCCAGCAUGGCUUGCCGAAACAAUACCUGGAGGAGCAGAGGAGCAACUACAUCUUCUGCAAGAAAAUGCCUCGCUCCAAGUACAAACGAAUUGCAUCCAGAAGUGACGAUACUGACAAGUCUGACGAAAGCUCCAUCGACGCAUCAGAGAAUGAGGACGCUGCGGACACCGGACCCAGCGAAUCAGAGUUCUCCAAGCCAACGUCUGAAAAGGAGAGCACCGAGGACACUGAAGUUUCAGACGCUAAAUUGUCCAGCGACUUGAGCUCCGAUAUCUCUGUGGUGGUGAAGCGGAAGAGAGGUCGUCCACGCAAGGGGGAACGUGUCAAGCAUGCACAGUUUGCGCGCAAGAGAAUGACAAGGUUAAGAGCGGCGCAGACUCACUCCGUCAACUAUGCAGACAUCAACUCCGACUCCACUUCUUCCAGUACCACGCUGCCACAAGAGCAGAGCGCAACUCUGACCUCUUUCAAGCCAAUGGGAUUCGAGGUGUCCUUCCUCAAGUUCCUGGAGGAAUCAAGUCAGCCCACUGGGAAGAGGAAGACUUCUCUAACGGAUGUACAACCACACAAGAAAUUCCCGACCGUGCACCUGAAGACGGCCUCGGUGGUGUGCAGCAGGAUCAACCCUGAUUAUCACUGCCGCGAUGUACUGAAACUUGUCGAAUUCAAGAACCCUCAAAAGCUAACUUCUCUUAGCAAGGUGACGUUUGAGGUGCACAGAGGGUUCUCAAAUGUUUUCGAACUCUUGCUCAAGCAGCUGCAUGACAUGAGACCGGCGGUGGUCAUUCAUAAAGAGGGUGUGUCUGAUGUAAUGGGGUAGUUCUCAGGACAGGGAUAGGGGUUGGGUGUGGAUCCAUAGCUCCAGUCUUGCUGUUUUUGGGAUGUUGCAUCAUAAAGUGGGUUAUAAACUGUUCUAUUGACAGCCCUUGACACUGAAUGCUCCUGUUAACGUCUGCUAAUCGCUCUACAGGACUGUGUAUUAAACAUUUUUAAGUUGUUAAUUAAAACUGUUAAUGAUAUACCUCUUUACGCAUGCCCUUAAAAAUUUAUCCGGCCCACGUGGUCAGUGUUGGAAACGAACCCUUAGUGGAAGAUUUUAUUUGUUGCGGCUCCCCGUAGGUCUUUUAAAUCGAACUAGCUUCUGUGACGAGUUGGACUGACGAUCCCGUAGUGCAAGUGGUGAACUGUAGAUGGUAACCAUUUUAGUCUUGUUCAUCUUGCAUUGUAAAUUUUUUGAACGUCUAUUAGCGUCGUUGUCUGUCUGUGCACAUACUGACUCUCCCGGAUAAUUUACUGCCACCAGCAGUCUGUACCUUAAACAACAGAGACCAAUUUAUUACAGCUUGCGUUUUCUA